AUGAACAAUCUGGAGGCCAACCGCUGGCGGCAGUUUCUGUUUAGCCAAACCAGUGUGGCAUUUUGGGCUGGUGGUCUCGCUGGUGCCGUGUCAAGAACGGUUGUAUCGCCCUUUGAAAGAGUGAAGAUCCUCCUGCAAGUACAAAGUUCUACGCAGGCAUACAAUCAAGGCAUUUUUGGCGCCGUUAAGCAGAUAUAUGUGGAAGAAGGAGUUCCUGGUCUUUUGCGUGGCAAUGGACUAAACUGUGUUCGGAUCUUUCCAUACAGUGCUGUGCAGUUUGUGGUAUACGAAUUUUGCAAGCGCCAGUGGUUCGAAUUGAGGUCAUCACCACCUGAGCAAAAACAGCUCUAUGGAUGGCAGAGACUAAUGAGCGGGGCACUGUGCGGAUUCUGUAGUGUUCUCGCAACAUAUCCCCUUGACUUGGUGCGUACGCGUCUUUCCAUUCAAACUGCCAACCUUUCGCGAUUGAAGAAGAUGCAGGGUACGGAAGCCGUGAAAGAGAAACCACCCGGCGUGUGGCAGCUACUGGUGAGAACGUACACCCAAGAAGGCGGUGUUGCCGGUUUAUACCGCGGGUUUUGGCCCACUAGCAUCGGUGUUGUGCCGUACGUGGCCCUCAAUUUUACAGUUUACGAACAGUUGCGAGAAUUCAUACCUAGCAGCAUCGAUCCUGCUUGGGCUAGCCUUUACAAGCUUUCCAUUGGGGCUGUGAGUGGUGGUGUGGCCCAAACUAUGACGUAUCCGUUUGAUUUGCUUAGGAGACGCUUUCAGGUACUGGCCAUGAGCCAGAACGCGCUAGGAUACCGCUACACCGGAGUUUUCGAUGCCUUACGUACUAUAGGGCGCACAGAAGGUUUCAAGGGCUAUUAUAAGGGCCUUACUGCGAACCUUUUUAAGGUCGUUCCCUCCACGGCUGUCAGCUGGAUAGUAUACGAGACAGUCAAGGAUAUGAUGUCCCAUCACUAA